AAUCGGGCCGCAUACAUGUUGCUAGCAGGGUUUGGACACAGCCACAGUGAAACCGCCAUAACAUGAAUCUCUAACCAAUCAACAGGUACAAGCACUAUUAAGACAAUAAGCCAUUCCUCUUUAAGGGAAUGGUGCCAAGUCACUCAGCCUUUGCUUGGACAGCCUCACAGGAAAAACCGCAGUCAUUGAUGUAUGCACUAACUGCUUGCAUUAGAGAACAUAAUUUCAUCAUUCGAAGUGAGCCUUUGGAAAUGGAAAUGAAGCCGAAGUCUUUGUGGGAAGGUAUGUCGAGAAUAUUUGAAAGUAAUGAAAGGUUAGACGAAACGGAAAACAACAGAGGAACGAGGUAUCGGAGACAAAUUGAUUCUGAAUACGCUCACAUUGAAGUUACAAAUAACGACAACGUGACGGAGGAAGGUAGCAAUCGAAAAAACAAGGACAAGUCUUCGAAAGAGAUUCAUUUUGCCUUUCUGCCCGAGAGGUACGAGCCCCUCACAGAAGAUGACGAAGCGAGGGAACGAAUGAAAGAGGAAAAGCGAAUUAAGAAGAAACAAAAGUAUAAGAAGUACAGGAAGAACGUGGGCAAGGCUCUGCGCUUCAGCUUGCGGUGCCUGGUGGCUGGGCUCCAGAGUUUUACCACAGGAUACUCCACACCACUCUCCGCGGCUGCCGCCGUCAUCCCAGAACUGGUCCCCUCGCGAGCCCACGGCUGAAGGAACUUCAGGAACUCCUGUGCUUUCAUGUGGGAGGACUUCAAAUGAAGAUUGCUCUAGGGCUCAGGGCUCCUGUCGUCAAUCAGCUGCCCUUCCCCACAGUGUUGGCGACUUUGUCGCUAGAUCUAAAAAAAAAUUCAGAGCCCUUCCCAGUCCCUUUUUCUGAAAAAGUGACAAUUUGAAAAUUGAGCUACUUUUCUGAAUUCUUAAUGUAAAACACUUUUUUACUAAGUGAUUUCAAAAAGGGCUACAUUUACACUGAAUAAAAAUCCAUAUUAAUACAAAAUGCACAAAUCAGCAGAUCAAUGGUGAAAUCCUAUGGGGAACAAGAUGGCAACACUCCUUUGUAGGAUGACACCAAAUUAAUGUGACUAAGGCUUCUGGUGUGUUCCAAUAUUGCUACUACUACUCUAACUUGCGAUGGAAGAAAAGUGAUAUUAUUCAUUCCAUUAGUGUUACUUCUUUUUCAAAUUAAGUGCAUUGUACAAAUGAAAUGUUAAUCAGUAUAAAAUUAUUGUAGAUUGUAUAAAAAAUAGAUUUUCAUAAAGAAAAGUAUUUGUAAAAUGAA